AUGUUUCCUCAUUUCAUUUUCGGAUGCUGGAGUAGGGUCUUGGUUUUUACCGCUUCCUUGGUAGUUCUUCCCAAAGAGGGGGCUGGGUUGGGAGGUGUCUGUAUUGUCAGAGUCGGAGUCGUGGGUGAUCUCCUCAUCCCGCUGCUGCCAUUUGUUCAUCCUCAGCCCUCAGCAGGGAUUGGAAGGUUGUAUGGAGGGGGGGGGUUUGGGUUUUUCCAGAUCCGGGUGGGGGGCAAUUUUGGCAUGUGGGGUGGGCCGGGGUCGGGUUGCCAUGCCAGGGUGGAGAUUUGGCAGCAGCGAUUCUGGUUUAAGUCAGCAGGCAAAUUGUUGCAGCGGAAUGGCAGGUGGUUGUUGGUCAGGGUUUUCGUCAGGAAACUGGAGCCGGGGCUGCAGAGGUAUGAGAGGGGGUGUCUCCAGAACACUUGGGAGAUCCGAAACUCGCUUUUGGGAUACCAAGUCGAGCUUAAUGGUGCAGUUUGGGUGUGUCAUGGAUAUGCUCUUGGAGGGGUUGUUGGGGAGUCAUAUGGUUGA